AUGGCAUCUGCCGGAAAGCCUCCACUCGAGGAUGCUCGUCGCACGACAGGAUCGCCAAAAAUGAAGAGCCGUGGCUGCGCUUUCAAUCAUGAUCCGUCGAAGCUAACUGCAAACCAAGCGGACAGCAAGAAGCGAUUCAACGUAGACUCACCCAGUUUCACUCCAUCAUUGAUGUCUGGCAAUGGUGUAUCCGCACCCAAGAAAUCGACCGCCAUUUCUCCAAAAGCUGCCAAUGCAGCUCCAUUCCAACCCCGAAUCUCAGCGCGAUCAAACACAAGUACACCAACAGGGCGGUCAGAAGCAGUCCAAGAUUGGGCGGUAGCUGAUGUUCAGGAAUUUGUGCCUCGGGGCUUUGAGCACGUGAAUCCUCUCCAGGGCAAUGGCAAUGGAGGAAUCACCCCUUCGAGUGCAUUUGAUCCUUUUGUGACCACCUCCACUCCUAUGACUCCUGGCUCUGUUCCUGUAUCUGGCAACCCUUAUUCCCACGACCCUACUGCUGCGAUGGGAGGCGCUUUCUUUGCCAGCCAGACUGGAUUCCAGCAACCGGUCCAGUACCAUCUUUAUGCUCCCAUUGGCCCUCACAGCCAGAAUCUUUUGGGCUAUCAGCGCAAUGUGCAUGGUCUUUUCCUUCCUAACGAUAUCCGCGAAGACUUGCAGAAGAAGUCUGCGGCUACUCUUCAAACCCUUCCUAACACUCAACUCCCUGCCCAAGUCGACUAUUUCCAUUCUCUUGUCCCACUGGAUCUUAGUCACCAGAAGAAUGCUAUGAUCUUCGGCUACCCAAGCUGGAUUUACAAGGCCCAGUCCAGCAAGGAUGGCAACUAUUAUGCUCUUCGCCGACUUGAAGGUUUCCGCCUGACCAAUGAAAAGGCUAUCCGUUCUGUUCAAGCUUGGAAGAACGUCUGCAGCGCCAGCGUAGUGACUAUUCACGACGCCUUCACCAGCCGCAGCUUCCAGGACAGUUCUUUGAUCUUUGUUACCGACUACCACCCCUUGUCCAAGACACUUGCAGAGCAGCAUCUGGGUACUGGUAAUCGCUUCCAGGCUCGCAGCAAUGCUCCUAUCCCUGAGCAGGUUCUCUGGGGCUACAUGACUCAGAUUUCCAAUGGCCUCCAGGCGAUUCACUCCAAUGGCCUUGCCGCCCGGGUUCUCGAGGCAAGCAAGGUUCUAAUCACGGGCAGGAAUCGUCUUCGCAUCAAUGCCUGUGCUGUACUUGACGUGGUGCAAUUUGACACCCAGCGAAGCAUUCGGGACCUCCAGCGACAAGAUCUUGUCCACUUCGGCCAAUUGAUCCUCACUCUGGGCGUCAACUCGCCUAUCCAGCACAACCCUGCCGCGCAUAUGGAGGUUUUCACCCGCAACUACAGUCCACAGUUGCAGAACUGUGUUGUUUGGCUUUUGAAAUCAUGCGAGACGGAUGUUGACCACACCAUUGACCUUUUCAUUACUGGCAUCUCAGCACAGCUGAUGUCAACUUUUGAUUCGGCCCUUCACAUGGAUGAUCAGCUUACUUCCGAUCUCUGCCGUGAGUUAGAAAAUGCAAGGCUCGUGCGCCUGAUGUCCAAGCUCAGCUUCGUCAAUGAGCGCCCUGAAUAUGAACUCGACCCCCGCUGGGCCGAGACCGGCGAGCGCUACUUCCUGAAGCUCUUCCGCGACUUUGUUUUCCACCAGGUGGACGCCCAAGGCGAUCCCUCCGUCGAUCUUGGCCAUGUGCUGACUUGUCUCAACAAGCUCGAUGCUGGAAGUGACGAGAAGAUCACUUUGAUCAGCCGUGAUGAGCAGAGCUGUUUCAUCGUCAGCUACAAGGAAGUGAAAAAGGCGCUUGAAUCUUGCUUCCAGGCGCUAUUGAAGCCUCCUCGACGCAUGCACUAG